AUGUUAUUUCGCGCUCUAGUGAGAGGAUCGCAUGGCCCAAUUAGGCGCGCCGCAGCGCAACCGCACCGCCCCAAAAAGUAUCAUGAGUUGCGGAUCGCUGAGGUUAUGGAACCAUCACAGCAACCACAAAUGCGAAGGUUACAAACGCCUACAAUGCAGCAACGGCCAAAUCUUCGUUUGGAUGCGAUGCUUGAAAAGAAGCCAAUGAUUCAAGUCCCACAAACUUUCUCAGCAUCUACGAGCCGUGCUAUGAAUUCGAAAGUUGCUAGGAAUAGAACGACAUCGGAGUCUGCAGUUAUUCAUGGGAAGCAUGCAGCAUCUACGCCUCUUGUUUUUGAUCGAGAAAUUACGAUCGCAGGAAACAAACUAGUGCACCUACCACCACAAACACAACCACAAGCUAAGGACAAAGAGGACAGAGUGAACGGCGGCCGAUGUCGUCAUCGAGUUGGCCGACGGCCAACACGUGGGGAGAUCGCUCCGCCUCGGCCCGCCCCACGGACUCCGCUUCCCCAGUUCACCACCGCAGCGGUGUCAAGUUCAGAGGCGAUUUCCAGUAAUAUUCUCCCCACUAUCCACCACAUCCUACCACUCACAUCACUCGCUGAUAUGUUAGGCGCCGCAUCCGCACAGUCUACAAACAUGUGGAACACAAGUCCUCUUUGCAAAUAUUUAUUCGAUCCUGAGAUGGAGCGUCGAGAAUCCGGGACGUUAAUGGGUCAACCACAACGGAACUCUACCGGCGUACCAUUUGGAAAUCCAGCAGCACAUGGAAUUGGAGCGCCGCCAACAUCGGCUGCUGGCAAUAUACCGUCAUCGAGGAAAAUGCAACAUCCUUUUCAGAACCAACGUCAAUCUCCUUCGAUGGAAGGACCAGAUUUGCAUCGCUUUGGUGACAGUCCAAGAAGCGGUUCAUUCAACCAAAGCGAGUUAUACGACGACUUGAUCAUAGACGAGAUUCUAUCACUUGAAGACGAGCAGAGAAGGACCAGCGGAAAGACUCAACCACUCUCUGGCAGCUAUUCAUGUGCAGACAAUCUCACACAACUCUCGAACGCUCGUCCAAUUCCUGGCACACAGUCAUCUGGCUCUGGCCAUUCCGGUAGUCCCAUAACAAUCGGGGGUGCAACCCUUGGGUCAAACUUCCGACAAAUAGUUUCAAGUUCCGCUCCGACGAGCUCUAUCGAUAUGGAUGCUAUGCUCAUGCAAUCCUCUCAGGAAGGAGGUACGGCCAGUACCGGAGAUGAAUAUUACCGUGAUCGAAGGAAGAAGGAUAUUCACAAUAUGAUUGAGAGACGACGCCGUUACAAUAUCAAUGACCGUAUCAAAGAACUGGGAUUAAUGUUGCCGAAAUCGUCAGCUGAAGAUAUGAAACUCAACAAAGGCACAAUUCUGAAAGCUUCAUGCGAUUACAUCCGGCAACUACAACGUGACCGUGAAUUGAUGCUCAAGCAACAAGCACACCAGCAGAAACUCGAAAAUGCAGCGAAACAAUAUGCGGAACGAAUUCGGGAGUUGGAAGAGUGCAUGGCACGGCAAGGUGUACAACCUCCACCUGCUCAUUUGCCUCCACUACCUCGAUUUACUAGUCUUGAUCGACCGAUAAAGCAAGAAAUGGAUGACACAGCAUCGCCGAAUCAUACACCAUGUGGAUCACUGUCGUCCUCCGGAUUCAUGUCACAAUUAUCUGAUACGACAGCUGCAAUGCAAAUCGCUAGUCCACUAGGUCGGCAACCAAUGCAAGCGGCAACAAGUCACUCGGAGAGCUACUUUUCAGUUGGAUCGAGUAGCCCUCCGGAAUACGGAACACCCCAAAACUGGCGAGAUCACAGUAUGCAACAGCCGUUUCCUGACCUCAUGAUGGAUGAUAUAGCUACAUUACAGGGUGGAAAUCCGCUUCUUACAGGGGAUCCGCUAAUUUCUCAGGCGGGUGCUCAUCCGUCACCACAUCUUACUGGAGGCAGCCAAAUGAGCCCCGACAUCCAAUGGGACCAGUCCGGCUUCAGCCCUGAAGGCCAUAACGGGCUACAUCAACAACACAUGGACUUCUCUUGA